UUGUGAGAGUAUUGAUUGUAACAAUGUUGUUGAAUUAUAAGUUGGUGGUUGUUUUGGUGAUUUGUUUCUUAGUUCUAGUUACAGCUCAACCCCCCAUACAUUUUUAUAAACUCAGUCUCCAAUGGCCUCUUGCUGUGUGUAAUUCCGGUAGCAUGGCUUGUGGUACUCCCAUCCCGACUGUGUUAAUCAUCCAUGGUAUAUGGCCUCAAGAUGCCAACGACGUUCCGAUUCCCCCUUACAACGCAUCCACUAAUCCCUGUUACUCCAAGGCACCCAUUACUGACUCAGUAGUUCUUCAGAAUACUGCAUUUACUCCAAUUGAAAGCAACUUAAUAUCAUUAUGGCCGGAUUUGAAGAACCCUACUCAACCGGGUACUGGCUUUUGGGAGCGUGAAUGGUUAAAGAAUGGAACAUGUUCUGAUUACCCUAAUAAUCCUCUUGAUUACUUCAAAUCUGCCUUAACGCUUAGACAAGGCUUAACAAAUCCAGGUGAGUAUGUUUCCUUUGUACUUGCUUUUAUAUAUUCUGUUAUUGAGUUUAUGUAUAAGAUGGUUGAAAGGUUGGAAUGA